GAGCCCGCGAUCGUGGCGAGCGUACGCGUAUCUCGUGCGCACCGUGUAUAUACCGUGCGCGCGCGCGUGUAAACGUAUACGCACCGUAUUUGCGCUCCGAUCUUCGCGAGAACGCACGCACGUGAUCGAGCGAGCGAGCGGAUCCCGUGCGUUUUCACCGCUGACGGAAUUGCGGAAUCCGCGCGCGCGUCACCGCUACUUCUGGAUCCAGAGCGGACCGGAAACUGCACGCACUUCCCGCUCCAAGGAUUUACAAGGGGAGAAGGAACGAGGGAGCGGGAGGACGUCACCGAUAACCACAGUAUGCGGUCGUCAAUGAACGGAUGACGUGAUUCAUUCAUACUGUGAGUCGCACUCUGCUUCCUGUCGCGAGGAGGGCUUCGCGGAUACACGCGAUUAGACUCGUGCGGCCGGUCUGAGUUCUUCGCAGAGAUCGAACGCGAGAAAGGAAGAGUGAUAUGAGUGCGGAACGUAGGAUCUUUCGUGACGUUAAACGGCGAUCGAGUCGCGAGCGGUUCGGAGGAAAUACUAUCGAGUGAUCUCGACUCGCCGGCGCGAGAAGGACCGGACGUAGCGCGAGGGUCGGCACGAGAGCGAAAGGACGAAGGACAGGGGCAGGAGGAGCGUUACUAGCAGUGUGUUCUCUUUUUGGUUGCGUGAGGAAAGCGAUUAGCGAAGGACCUCUCCACGCGCGCGGCAAAAGACCUGGAAAACUGAAGACGAGCUGGAGGACGGCCGGGUGGAAAUAGCCUCAAGGCUGCAAGGAAGGUGAAAAAGAUGAUGCGGUACCAUCCGAUCGUUCUCCUCGCCGGCCUGCUCACCGUCGUCCGUGCUCAAGGGGUCCCGCGAACAUUUUCGGCUAGGCCUUACCGAGGAGGGCCGCCAUUGUCUGUAAGAGCGGUCCUCGGUGGGACGGCCGAGCUGCCGUGCGAUAUUCGUCCACCUCAGCGCAACGAUUCCGCUAUCUUGAUCGUCUGGUACAAAAGUGACGUCUUCCCGAUUUACAGUUACGAUCUGCGUGGCAAGCACUCGGAGAAAGCGUCGCAUUGGCACGAUAAGGAAUAUUUCGAUGAUCGGGCAUUCUUCAGGACAACAACAGAACCAGCAUCUUUGAAUGUUAAUCACGUACAGGAGAAAGAUGACGGCGAAUAUAGGUGCCGUGUCGAUUUCACUACAAGCCCGACUAGAAAUUCCAGAAUUCAUCUGACGGUGAUAGUGCCACCGGACAAGCCGAACAUUAUCGACGAACACGGACAGCCUGUCCCGAAGGUUGCCGGCCCUUACGAAGAAGGCGGUGACAUGAGAUUGCAGUGCUUCGUCCACGGGGGUCGCCCAGAGCCUAAAGUAAGAUGGUGGCGCGGAGAAACGCUUUUAGACUCUAAAGACGAGCCGGGCGAAUUUCCCUCCGUUCGAAAGAAUACGCUAGUCGUCAUGGAAUUAUCAAGAGCGGAUCUCAACGCGGUGUUCGAUUGUCAAGCAUCUAACAACAAUAUCAGCCAACCCGUGUCGACGUCAGUAGCGAUCGAAAUGCAUUUGAGGCCCCUGAGCGUAACGAUACUCAGCAACGAGCACACACCCCUCAGCGCCAACCGGAAGUACGACAUUAGCUGCAUGACGGUCGGUUCAAGGCCGCCAGCAAAGCUGUCCUGGUACAUGGAUGGCCAGAAGCUCCUCAAUCACACGGACCAGAUAUCGCAGGACGGUAACACGACGAGUUCCACCUUAAUAUUCGAACCGACUCUAUCACAUCACGAUAAGACCAUCACGUGCAGGGCCGAGAAUCCCCAACUUCAACGGAGCAUAGUGGAGGAUACGUGGAAACUAAACGUUUUUUUUGUCCCGAUUCUGCAUCUGCAGCUCGGAUCAAAUAUGAAUCCAGAUGACAUCGAAGAAGGCGAUGACGUAUACUUUGAGUGUAAAGUUCACGCGAACCCGGAUGCCUACAAAGUCGUAUGGAAACAUAACGGAAACGUGAUCCAGAAUAACGCGAAGAACGGCGUGAUCGUCCAGCAAUACGGUUUGGCUCUCAGAGUGGUGAAUCGGUCCCAGGCCGGAAAUUACACUUGCGUCGCCAGCAACGUCGAAGGCGAUGGCUACAGCAAUAUCGUGGAGCUUAAGAUUAUGUACAAACCGAUCUGCGUGCCGGAUCAGAAACGGAUCUACGGAGUGGCGAGGCACGAAGAUGCUCGCGUGAUAUGCAGGGUCGAGGCGUACCCGCCACCGGAGAGCUUCCGUUGGGCCUUCAACAAUACCGAGGAGAUGGUCGACGUGCCGCAGGCACGUUACAAGAACUCAACCAGACACACCCAGAGCGUCCUCACAUACAGACCGGUCACGGAAAUGGACUACGGCACCGUGCUCUGUUGGGCGAGUAACACGGCUGGCCAGCAGAAGAAUGCCUGCAUAUUUCACAUCAUUCCUGCGGGCAAACCGGAAGCUCCGUACAACUGUACGCUGACCAACCAGACCACCGAAUCACUCUCAGUGGAAUGCACCGCCGGUUUUGACGGUGGUCAGCCCCAACACUUCCUCCUUGAAGUGUUCGAUCAGCACACGGGAGUCCUGCAGGCCAACGUCACUUCCAGAGAGAAUGCAGCUUUCACCGUGCAGGGCUUGGAGCCCGGCAAGGUCCUGAAUAUGAUCCUGUACGCGGUGAACGCGAAGGGCAGAAGUGACCCCACGCUGCUGGAAGGUUUCACGCUGAAAGUCGCCGAGAAGCAAACUGUGCGCGUUUUGUUCACAGGUACUCCGGUACCAUUCGAGUUUACUCCGUUACUCGGAUGUUUGAUCGGUGUGAUCGUCGCACUUUUGCUCCUCACCGUUAUGAUUUUGGCCGCGCUAAAAGUAAGGAACGAGAGACGGGCUCAAAGGCCGGGCGAUUUACCAUUGAAGAAGGCAACCGCACCAAGCUCCGAGGACCUUUACGACGCGGACGAUAGAAAUCCGGAUGUUGUACCGACCAAUAAAGAUUCAGAUUAUCAGCUGACCGGCUCGACUUCCGGCACGCCGUUAGCAACGCAAAACACACCGGACGGUCUUCCACCAUCGUCCCUUCCGGCCCAGCAGACGAAUAAUCACCUGCAAGGACUUCCCGCCUAUUCGCAUAACGACUACAACAAUUAUCCAACCUUGCCGUUGUCCGGCGAGGUGACGUACGCCGAGCUGUGCCUGGCGCGGCCCACCACCCUGUCGACCCUGGCGACCGACGCGAAACUGGCCAGCCUCGGCGGCGGAGUCGGCGGUCUAGGUGGUCUUCAGGGUUACAGCAGCGGUCUCGGGGUGAUCGUGGGCGGCAAGCCGUACACCAAGGAAGCUACGGUCUACGCCUGCAUCGACCACAAUGCCAGGCCACCCAAGGUGGACGUCUCCAGCGCGCCGUCGUGCGCGACUACUCCCCUGUCGGCGACGAGCGUGCUCCAGGACUCGACGGCCGUCUCCACCGUGAUGAGCAAGCAGCAUCAUCCCGCGAGAGAGGUUGUCACCGUCCGCACGCCCUUGAUCUCGACUCAGGAGAGCUGCGUAUAGGGACGCGAUUCCGACGCGCUCAACGUCAACGAGUACUACGUCUGAUACGGCUGCUGGCUCGUGACGAUCGUGCGCGUCCUUCGUGACCUACUGACCUAUCCUGGAUUUACGGUACUCACCCAGUAACGUCCUCGGAUUCUCGGGGAAAGGCAUAACGCCUAGCGAUGUUGAAUUACGAGUUCCCGCUGAUGCGAGGCAAUCGCGCGCAUCAUGUCGAGCGAUGCGAUCGCUCGCUACGAACUUUCGUCGACGAUGACUGUCGUCUACCGUCUACCGCGGCGAUAUUCCGAAAUGGACAAACUUCUGAUUGUGACGGGCGAUAUCGUGCAACGAGGAAAAUGAUCGGACUGAGAGACGUUUCGGUAAAGGACAAGACUCGCGCGAACAAGCUGAGAGUACGCGAUGAAAGAGCACAGACGCAAUCGACUCGCAUAUCUCUCAAUCCUAUCGAGUUAAUGUAACUUGAAAAUUCCAGACGAGCCAAGUAAUUUUGAAAAGUACAUAUCGAGAAAUUUUAAUGUCGGACAACAAAAUGGAAUAACCGUGUUCCUUUCACGUUCGUUCGAGUUUGACACUCCAAUGUUGGAAAUGUACGACGGCUAACUUGAUCCAUAAAUGUCUUCAAUCAUAAAUAUUGAGAAGUUGUCCCGAAAACCGUAUCGUAUAUAAAUCCAUGAAACACAGGUGAUCACUGCCCGAUUUUCAAAAGACUGUUAUUUAUUUUUGGCAAAAUAUAAAAUUGUACAAGAAUCAAAAGCAAGCUCUGGCGAACUUUGAACAAAAUCUCUUGUCUGCAGAGGAAAGUAUACACAUUCGACGAAAUUUACAUUGCGUUACAAUGACAAAAUCUAAUGAGAUUAUUCUUUAUAAUACGCCAUUAAUCGAAGAUAUACGAUUACGAUUAUUAAAAGGGGAACAUCGUCAUUCUCAUAUAAUCGUUCAAAUCCGAAAAAUCGAGAACGAGGAAAAAAUUUGACGGAAAAUUUCCACGAUUGACUGAAUAGCCGAUGGGAUGGAAAGAAACAUGUCCAGAAACGUAAGUUUUCGCGUUCCGAGGAUAUUCCGUACCGCGAGAGGCAAGAUCGAUGUAUCUGUGUCUCCCUACGACGUGAAUGUAGAUUUUCUAUCCCGGGAGUAUACUUUGUAUUACAAAGUAGGUACGGGGAUAAAGAAGAUCGUCGCGUUGAAUGUAUUUUCGUACAAUGGCGCGUCUUUAUCGGCGAUAUGCUCUCUCUCUCUUUUUAUCUCGGGAUGUCGUAUCGUGUCGAUUACGUCGCGCCAAGUGCAACAAUAAAUUUCUGGGACAGAGAAGAUCCGCGACGGGAAAAAUCGACUUAUUUCGCGAAAAUCCUCAAAAUAUUUCCGCGCUGGCAGUUGCGACGCGAAACAAGUGCACUGUAUAAAGCACUGCAGCGUUACGAAAAUCCGACGUGGAGAUUUUCUCAAUGUCGGACACAUUCUUUUCGUUUUGCCGUUACACGUAAUUUCGUUCUCUCCGUCGAAAAAUACUCGCAGUUUUAUAUAGACCAUCCAAUUUCCGGUUGCCUCGAUUGCCGUAUAAAUUUAUACCUGACCAAUAAAAUUUUUCUUCGCGAAGUAACGGUUUAAUUAUCAGCCAAAUAAUUAAAUAAUUAAUCAGAGUCAGUCGCUAGUGAUUGACACGUUCCACUGUUCUUUUCGAAAAAUCUGAUAAUAUAUGUGUAACGAGCGGCUAUGUACAUACAUGUAUAAUUGAUUUUACUUAUAUAACAUGUUACAGCUAAAAUUUCAGUUACUUGCUGUGUUAGUUAAUUAAUUAAAUCUCAUAUAAUUAAUUAAAUGUCAGUAUAUCGACAGUUAUUCCAGCUUAUUUAUGCUAUACUGCACACCAUGGACGCAAGGUAAGAGUAAAUUUGCUGACUAUAAAAUAAGCGAGACUAUUGAUCUUCUCUCUCGUGGUUUAUUCUUUACCCUUCCAUCGUUACAUCCCUCUAGUCUAUUUGCACGACUUUUCCUAUUUAAACGCGCAAUGUGUGAACGGAAUAAUAUCCGCGCGUUUAAACAGACAAAAAUGGAACGCGCUGUGCGGAGAUUUUACAAAAUCUUGUGGAUUAUAUAGAUAAUCUAAAGGAACUUCUCUCUUGAGAUGACCUGACAUACAGCCUCAUACACGUAAGACGUUGUAAAUAAUAACUUUUCCUCGAGGACGAGGGCACGGAGUAAAUAUAGAAUAAUUAUCGAAAUUACCGUGUGCGUUGAGAUAAAGAGCUUACCGCGCUCUGAAAAUAUGUAUAUUAAUUCUAAUUAACAAAGGUACCUUGUACAUUGCGCAUCGUUCAAUAGCGGCGAGCAUCCGUGUGCAUUAUUCGUAAUUAAAUUAAGUUCGAUCGAAGGAUAUUUUGCGACUGGAUCGUCAUUCGUACCGUAUAAAGAGACAAUAACGUUACAGAGCCCUCAAAUUAAUAGCAAUCCGCGAACCAUCAUUGUGCUGUAUUCUUUGAAUUCAAUUGAAGCUUGAGCUUCUUUGACAUAAUCGUUUCAAGUGAUGCUUAAUUUUCAUUCGAUCAUCAGUUUGUAUAUUGCUGGAAUUUUCACUUUAUAUUGCAAGAGAAACGCUUACUCGCGUGAUUGCGUAUAUUGGAGCCAUUAAAAUUUACGCGCCCGAAUAGAUGAAAAGUAGUACACUCAAAAAUGAUUUAUCAUCCUGGCGAAUUGUAUACUUGCGUCCAGUUUAUGUUAAAUCGCGAUACACUAAACGCGACAUAUAAUUCAUUACUCACGGUCAUUUGUCUUCACGUUUUCCGUCGAUCCCUUAACGAAUGGACUGACACGACACGCGUUAUUUUACGACGAAAAUUACACGGACAAACCUGUGUGUCCCAGGACUGCCAAAACGCGCACAACCCCACACGACUGCCAUGUCGCAUUCAUUUCCAUUAAGUUCGUCGUCGAAAUAACGAAGAACGAUCGAGGAGUACCUACUGCGCGUCGCCGUACGUUGUGCACCGUACAAAUGUACACGCGUGUACAUCUUAGAGAUAUAUACAAUAUAUUGUACGACCUGUACAAUAUAUUGUUAUAUUAUUAUAUAUUAUAUAUAUUAUAUAUAUAUCAGCCUCCACCGCGUUCAUACGUAACGGGGGCAAAGUGUAAAUACCGUGUACAUAAGGAGACUGAGAAAAGAGAGACUUUAUUUGCGAGAUGCCCGAGGUUAAACCCCCAUGUCUUCUUCAAGGGACGACAGAACAGGCACGAAGGAUCGUUAUCCGCAGAUCUGUUAACGACAUUACGAAGUACGUUUCCAGGGAUAUAGGUGCAUCCCUGUACAUUGACUGUGAAGAACGGUAAACACGGGAAAGGAAAAAGACAAUGACUACUACGCGAAACUUCGAAAGAAAUGCUUCCAAAUUGCGAGCUCGUUACUUUACACGUGCUACUAUUCAAUUUCUCAAUCAUUCCAAUUUUCAUGGUCCUCUUUAAUGGCAAGUGAGUCCUUUUAUUCGAGCACUUGAUCGCACUCUCUCGCUCAGCUAAUUGACAUUAACGUACGACGUAAUCCGUUACUGACGUCGGCCGAGAAAUCCGGCGAAAGUCGACCUGACGAGCGUUCCUUCGUGUACGCCCCUUCGGUAAUUUGUAAGAUAUAUGCUCCGAUGUACAGCGCCGAGAUAUUUUUUCAGAGUGUGCGUAAUACAAUACCUCCGCGUAUAUCGUUUGGGCGCUCGCAAUUAGGCAGGCCCGUUUAAAGAGAAGGCGGAACUGUAUAAUUAAACGAUCGGAUUGCGAUUAAUGAUCAGACGAAAAGAAAUAAAGAUAUAUGUAUAUGUACGUGUGUGCGUACGCGUAUAUGCACGUGUGUGCCUGUUGCUGCGUGGGAGUGUAAAAUACGUGAGUGUAUCUUUCGCUGUAUGUACGUACGUACGUGACUGUGGGUAGCUCCGCGAUCGAUGAAUUAAGAAUAAUGAAACGAGAAAAGAAAUAUAUAUACGUAUGUGAAUAUGUGCGCUCUUGACUAUUUUAUGAAUUCUAUCCUUUUACGAUUUAAUCCUGUAAACGGACAUUUACAUCAAUUACCUUACGCUCAUCUUGGUUUUGCAAACGAGUAUCUCAGCGGGAUCUGUCAAGAUGCAUUACGUACGUGAGAUUUGUAAUUCAAAUAUAACACUAAAACGUUAUUUUUAGCUGUCGAGCUCGCGCUUUUCUUUCAUUGCAGAUAGAAUAUCGUGUAGUUAUUUCGUGAUGAAGGAUUUUCAAGAAUUCAUGGAAGGGUUGAGAUGAGAGGAUUCUUUUUCUUUCACGUUGGACAACUCGAACGAGAUCGAAGUGGACGAGGAAAAGAGAAUUAUAUCUUGAGUGCUCCGAUUAAAUCUGUCGCAUCGAUUUUCCUCCCGGCUCAAAAGGUACCUAACUAUACCGCCUGAACUGUUCUUCCCUUUCACAUCCCGUUCUUGCGCAUUGUACUUUGAUGUAAAAUAUAAUCCACCCUUCACCCUACUCCCCCGCUUUCAUUUUCGUGUACAGCAAUUUAAUUGUCUUUCGUAGGUACCGCGCUCUCGGAGAGGUUCUCGUAAUUACAACUAUACAAUGCCUUUCUUAGACCUGCGAGUAAAUAUCCUUUCUGUUACAUUCUAUCAAAGAAGACGCCCUCACGUGAUUACUUUUAAAAGUGAAAUAUUCCAACGUUUUAUCGCAACGAUCCGUCAGCUUGACAGAAUUGUAAUUCCGUCACACGCACUACACACGAGGUAUACAAUAGCUGCAGUGCAAUAGCUGCACUGGAUCACCCAGUACGUACAUCGGCGUAUACUAACACAAACACACACACAUACAUGUACAAAAGUUCGAUUGGCGGGGUCCUUCCGGUUUCGCAGGUAUUUUAAGCACGCGCUCCGUUAACGAUCGCUCGCGCCGGUUUCUCCUCGCGCUUCCUCCCUAAAUUCUCGCUUCUCGCAUGCUACAAUACAUUCCACGUUUCCUGUCAAAUACCGCGGCCACGUGUGAAUGCGGCUCGUUUCGCCACCGUGAAAAUUUUGACGGCAAUAAAGAAGCGAUCGCGCGCCGAGUUUUGCGGGCGCGGCCCGAUUUUGCGAUUCGUGCGAAAUGAACGAACGCGCGGAAUGAGCAAUUACGGGCUGAUACGUGUCAGUGCGGUCUUGUGCUUCCGACCUAACUACCUAACUGCCGGGCUAGCGUUGUUCAAGUAGUUUGAAGCGUGCUAAAUUCGUAUCGCGCUGUAAGUCAUCACGCCGAGGCAUUUCGCGCGUACUACUUUUUAACGAACUGAAAUGUCACGAUGUAUAUCGCGUGGCAUUUAAAUAAGAUCAAAAUCACACUUAACCAAAUUAAUGCAGAUAAAAGUGGACUAGCUCGCUAUAUUCCAGUUAACGUAAUUGGCAAACAUACACUGACAUGAGAUAUUUUGCUCUUAAUUAACUCGAAUUUCCACUAUUUCAGAGUCCAACGGAGAUUGUUAUUUUCAUGCAUGAUUAAUAACAUUGCAAGAAAUAUUUUCGUAGACAUUUUAAUGAAUUAAUAUUACUUAUUAUUAUCCGAGGUAUUAUUUUCAUUAAGAUCCUUUUAAUCGCUCGAGACAAUGCUUAUUCGGGAAAAAGCACGCCGGGAGAAAAGCCUGUGAAAUUCCACACAAAUAAGAACCGUCCGUUAAAUUGCUCGUUCAGACAAGGUCCAUUCGUUUUUCUACAGCCUCCGUUACGCUUUUGUGUCGAAGCUGCAUUGCGGCGUGCAUGCAUCCGUGCGAGAAGCGUCGCCGGCUAAGGGCGGCCGGUCGGUGCCGUGUGCCAGUUUCAAAAGAAGCCCCUACAUGAAAUCUGCGCCGGCUUAUCGAAUCUGAAAGUCAAUUCCCGCCGCGGCGCCUCCGCGGCACGAAUCUAUUAGCUUGUAUCGAAAGCUUCAAAAGCCCUAAAAGCAUCAAAAGUCUUUUUGCUACGGAAUAUUCAUCGCGCGCGUCCACGUAUCCACCGCCGCACGAUAACCGCCACACAAUUCUGAUUUCCCGGAAUCCGGAAUCCAUCCCCGCAGCACAGAUAUCCACACACGGGAUGGAUUCUUUUGAAUACUCGCCCGAUAUCGGGAGUGUACCACAAUGUCCGAAUUUCCGAAUACGGAAUGAACAUUAAUUGCCCAUUAAGUUACACGGUGUAAAAUUGCUCUUGUUCAUGGACUUUCAGGCACAUCCGAAUUCACCACUUGCUUCUCGUUCGUUCAUCUCCAAUGUUCGUCGUCAAAUAUCACGUUUAUAUUACAUUGAGAUAUUAUUCCGAUCUGAAUCUCACAUCGUUAUAAUUAUUUCGAUGAGUAAUUGAAAAGAAAUCAAGAACCAAUUAAGUAUCAAAAAUGACAAUUUAAAAUACUGAAUCGGCAAAUAGUGUAAAUUCGUAUAAUUGAAAGUGUUUUUUUUCAAUAUGUUAUUGGAUAAUUUCUGGCACUUAAUUGAUAUUUGAUUGCUUUUUCCCACUUUUUGAUUGACGUCAAACAACUCUGCGAUCUGUUCUACGUGAAUGACGAGAAUUGCAACAAAGAGCUGGAGAAAGAAAAUCCCCUCUCUAUGUUGAAUUGUACAUAAUCUUCUGGCCGAGUAAACGUGUGUGCAUGUUCGUUUGUACAUUCUUCUGUGAAAUAAUUGUCCGCAUGUGUGCGUUUGUCUGAAUGGUCCGUGUGAUCCCAUCUGCAAGCUUGAUGAGAGAAAUACGAGCGUGUCAAAAAUUGAAAUUGCGACGACCAUACUACGUGUAUCUACAAUAAUUAUAGAUCUCUCUCUAUAAAUAUAUACACACCUCAACGUAAUCAGAAUAAACGUGUUGAUAUGAAAAAUGAAA